GACUCCUAGCUGAAGGAAAUCAUCAUAUUUCUAGAUUCUUCUCUUGUAUACAGAACAAAAUGGGGCUUAGAUAGAAGCAAAAAAAGCAGGGACAUUAAAGAUUCUCUAUAAAUCGGAAGAAGGCUCCAUAUGUCGAUUUGAUUUGAAAAAAAGUGGAUAUAAAUAGACUUUCCAAAGUGCAAAAGUCUUAAAAAGAGUUGUGUAUAGAUCAGGUGACAAAAUAGAGGUGGCGACAGAUUCCGCAAUCAGAGGGGGCGGCAAGGUACCCGGGAAGAUGGGCCGGAAAAAAAUCCAAAUCUCACGAAUCGGGGAUGAGCGAAACAGACAGGUUACCUUCACAAAAAGGAAAUUUGGACUGAUGAAAAAAGCCUAUGAGUUGAGCAUCCUAUGUGAUUGUGAGAUUGCACUCAUCAUAUUUAACAGCGCCAACAAGUUAUUUCAGUAUGCCAGUACUGAUAUGGACAACGUACUACUUAAGUACACCGAGUACAACGAACCUCAUGAAAGUCGAACAAAUAAAGACAUCAUAGAGGCCUUGAACAAGAAGGAACACAAAGGCUGUGAAAGCCCUGACCCUGAUGGGGACCUGUACAGCAAUUCACUGACCCCUGAAGAGAAGUACAACAACCAGCACACCAAUAGGAUGCCAGAGGACUACCAGAGAUAUCCAAGUGUUCAAAGGAACAUGUCACCCUACCCAGGACCCGGGAUGCCUCCUGGCUUGACAUCUGGUAUCCCUCUCCACAACUAUAUGAACCAGCCACUGUCAGGGCACGGGAUGUCCCCACAACCCCCCUCUCAGGUCAACUCAGGUCAAGGGCUUCUACAGCCCCCUCCUGUACACCACAGUCCACGGCCAAACUCUACCGGUGGAAUGAUAGAGAUGAGUAGUCCAUCACCUGCCCCCAAUGGUUACCAUCACAGAGCCUCCCCCUGCCCCUCCCCAGGAGCCAUGGUCAACAGACAAUCCAGACAGUCUCCUCCGUCAAGGGGGCCUCCGAUGGGUCGCCCCAUGAUCAACUCACAUGAUGGAAUGAUGAGUCCAGAUGUACAGGGACGUCCUAGUUCCUCACUAUCAAAUCCAGCAGUAUCACUUACGACACCUAGUGUCCCUGGAAACAACUAUCCGUCCCCACUUCCUACAUCGUAUCACAAUGACUAUAAUGUUAACUCAGCAGACUUAACAGGUCACAUGUCAAAUUACAACCACUCACCAUGGAAUAAUGGUGGGGCUCACCACGGGGGAUCUCUAACCUCAGGAAUCCCCCCAGGAGGUGGAGGAGGGGGGCAGAAUCUUCAUGGAAUGUCAGGACCUGGACACCUCUCUCCAUUAGCUGUAAAUACAAUGAAUCAGAAUGUACUGUCAUCUAUCAAAAGUGAGCCAAUCUCCCCACCUCGCGAGUCAACAACCCCUUCCAAUCACCACUCACUUCGACCCCUCUCGUCCACAGGUCCUGGUCAUUUAUCACCAGUUCAGAAUAUAAAUCACACACAUAGUAACAGUUCUUCACCCACGGGAAUAUCACCACACCCAUUAGAUUACGAUGGACCACAUCUAAAAAGACAGCGAGUGGGUGGGUGGCCCACCUAGUGAAAGUCUUAGUGUAGUAGCUAGUGAUUGAUUAGUGAAAAGUGUUCUAGCUGUACAGACAGUUUAUAUUAUAAAGAACUUAAUAUAUAUGUAUGUGGGGGGAUGAACUGUGGACUAUCUAUACACAGGACUAAAUGUUGCAGAAAAUGUGAUUGUGCCUUCAUUGUUUCCAAACACUCCAUUGUAAAUAAAGCCCUCAUCUCCGUUUUUCAUCUCCGUCAUCAUAAAGGACUGCAAAGUAUUUGCAUUUGGCCUCUAGGACAAGAGAAUGGGCCACUGCAUAUUAACAAGCACAGACAUUUUUUAUCUGGUCAUUUCAUGCUAUUGUGCAGCUUCAUUUCUAUUCCCUUGUGCCAGAAUUUAAGUGAACUUGCUUGCAAACCAUUACAACACCUUUUUGUGACUAUUGUACUACAUUGUUUUUGUAAGAUUGUGAAUAUUAUCCCCACACUUAAAAAAAUUUUGCCAUUUCUGUAAAUUAUGUUAUUUGUAUAUGUAUAAUUCUUCUAAAAAGUAGGGAAUUGUCAUCUUAGAGCCACUAUAUUUUUUUUCUCGGAAUUUUCUCCUUGAAUACUCUAGUUUGGGAUAGAGUUUCUAGGAAGUUGCACUUAACAGUGGAUGACUAGAAUUUUGAAAUCUAUGAUUUCACUUAUCAGGAUGUAGAAUAUCAAUGUAACAAUUCAUACUUAUACUGAUAUAUAAAUAUAUAUUUAAAUAUUAAGUAACUGUCCUACAAGCUGGUCUUGUGCUCCUGUAAAUUAUGUAUGAUACUAAAUGUUUUGUUAUGACAGCUGGGCUAACUAAAUUAAAAUAUGUUAGGUAAAAAAGAAGAACAUACAGUCAAACCUCAUUUUCUCAAAACUUGGGGACUGAGAAAAACUUGUACCUGGUAGAUAUUGAGGUUAAUUUCAUCAAGAAAUGUGGUUUGGACUUCCAACUCCUUCAACAUAUUUAAAAUAUUGAUGUUCAAGAUACCAAAGUUCAACUGUAAUGUAUCACAACAUAAAACACUCCUAAUCUUGCAGUCCCAGGUUAAACCUUAAAAGGUUUAACCUUGACAAUGACAAGAAGCAUGUGGCUGAAAAUUUUCUAGCAUGAGGUAAUAGAUUUCAUGAAGUGGCCUUUUUUUGUAGAACUUUAUUUUUAAAAGUUUCACUUUGCAAAUAAAAACCGGUGGUUUUUUUCUCUCUCACCCAAAUAUGAUUUUUAUCCAUAAAUAAGACAGAGAUCUGUAUACUGAGACACCCACACCUGUUUUCAUUAAUUUUGCCUUAUAUUUCUGAUUCUACCAUACGGUGCAGUUGUACAAAUUAGCCUGCCUUUAAUGAAAGUGCUGAUUGAAUAAAUUCAGAUGACAAAAAAAAAAAUCAAAUUUUUUUUUCAUAUUUUUAUUGAAUAUGUAUUUCUAUGUGUAAUGUUUUUCUUUAUAAGGUGUGGAAAAUUUUCUGCAGCAUAAAUGGCAUUUUUAAUAUAACACUAAAUUUUAUUGUUUAACAUUACAUAAGACAUGGAGAGGGGUUUUUUUUAAUCAUGAGAAAACCCUUUUUAGUGUUACUGACGUUACUUACAGGGACAUUUGUUAAAUAUACCUACCUUGGUAAUAUUUUGUCACAUAUUUUGAAAAUUUUCUUAUACACAAAACAACACUACUGUGCACAAUAUAAUGUUAUAAUGAUGAACAUAGUAUUUUUUAAUCCCCAUUACUAGAUAAUUGCAGGUGUCAUAUAUACAUGUCAGAUAUUGUAAAUUCAGUUUACCAUGAAAGCAGAUGUACAUUAACUUCUUUGAUAUGACCUUUCAGGAAUAUGUAUUGGAAUUGUUUACAGAUACAGGAAAUAUAAUCUGAGUGUCUGACAGUAUUUUUGUCGUUUACUAUUUCUAGUCUCUUUUUGAACAUUAGUGCUAAUGGUACUUAUCAAAACAAGAAAAACUUACAAGAACAUGUAUUGUUGAAUUUUGUUUUUGAACUAUAGUGAUCUCUAGCUGAUCAGUGUCUUGUGUUUGUGCUAUUGAAAUCAAAUAUGAGCCUAUAAUUAAAACACUCUAGAGAUCUCUUACCAAUUUGUUUGAUAAAUGAUAUUGUUAUGGCUUUAUUAUGCAUAUUUCUGGUCAAUAAAAUUGUUGUAACAGAAA